CCAUAAAGGAACAAGGAUGGUGAAGGAUGGAGAAGAUUGACACGGAUUACAAACAACGAAUUUGAGAAAUGCUCUGUUGUCAUUCAGGGACCAUCCACCCCAUGAACUUCUCGAUGCGCCCUCGGUCUCCUCUUUUCCGCGCUCUUUGCUCGGGUCAGCUCGGGUUAGCUCGGGUUUUUAACGUCGUGGUUUCCGUUCAGAGCUCGACUGGAAGGCUAUUCUAUCCAUCUCAAUGUAUUUCCGUCCACAUCGAACGAGUGAAAACUCGAAUUGUUAUCAUCGGAAAAGGGGAUCUUCGAAAACGCGUCUAAACGUGAAGACUCUUGAAAACGCAACAUUGUCUUUUUAUUUAUCACAAUUUAUGGUAGGUUCAAAAUAUACAUGAAAAAGCGAGGUAAAACGCUCAAAUAUACAAAAACAGGAAAAAAAAGUGAAAAUAAAGUACAUGGCAUCCAAAUCGGAGAGUGUUUCCCAUGGCAUCCAAAAAUAUGUGUCGAACAAAAACGAAGCUAAGGACAGUUAAAACUAAUUGAUAACAACAAUGUGGAACAAGAGGGAUUUGCUCAACCUCUUUCCCAGGGUCUCUCAUCUUUCCGCCCUACUAGAGGCCGGGAAGACGAAAGACCCUGGGAACGAGAUCGUGAUUUAUGUUUGUGGCCAUGUGUACACGCUCUCUUUUAAAACCGGGUUAGUGUGGACGGGACUUUAGAAGACCAAAGAUCGUCGCUUGUUUUCGUAAUGGCCCAUUCCCUCUAUGAGACGCGCCUGCAGGGAAUCAUGGUAGUUGUAUUCAUCGUCUUGGACUGGAAAUUUGUUUUGAUGAAUACAACUACCAUGAUUCCCUGCAGGUGCGUGUUAUUUUGGUAAUGGCCAUCGAACUCUUUUGCGUGUUUUCCUUGGCUUCGUUAUUCACUUUGCGUGUAUUAAUGAGGUCAAAAUUAGUAUGACUAGUUAUACUUCUCGAAACACGUGUACAGUAGAGACAGUAAGAAGGCUCUCAUUUUAAUGGAGACUUCACAAGUUCAGAGCAAAGGAAAGAACAGUAUUUUCUGCUGAAUUUGUUCAUCAUAAUAUAAAGAAAAGGGCGAAAAGGCGGAAAAAAUUUAAACUGACCACAUGAAACGUAACUGAAACUUGUAUUAUCUUUAAUGUGUUUACUUUAGCAAAAGCCUGGGAUAUGUAAACAAUUUCACCUGUUUAUUAACCAAACAUGCAUUAUUUAUGUUUUUGGAACACUGACUUCUGCCUAAAAGAUUUGACUAUGAGGAUCUUCCAGCGAAACAAACAUGAAAUGUAUUUCACUGUUUUGUCCCAGUUGUUUAGGUUUUGUGAAGAUUAUUGUGGUUGUAGGUUUUCUGUAGCAAUUAUAAUAGAGAAAUCGACCAGCCCUUUUCCAGUAAUUAAUAUAUGAUAUUUAAUUUGCUUGUUAAGUCAAUUCUACAUUAAAAGGUUUUGAGUAAAGUAAACACAUAGGAUGGAAGACUAUGGACGCAUCGGCGAUUCAAGAUAAUUUUCCGGUCUUAAAAUACUCCUAAAGAAAAAAAAAAAAGAAACUAAAACGUUUCUGCGCGUAAACUUGAAUGUUCGUUUUAAAAACGAAGUGGAAUUGAUAAUUAUAUUUAUAAAAUACAUGUAAUUACUUUAAGGCCUUUAAAAUUUGCAUUGAGAUAGACUCCGAUGCACAUUCUGUUUACAGAAAGCACAGCUUGUCAUGAAUUAAGAUUCAAAUCACUUAUUGUCAUGGUUAUUUUGGAAAGUGAAUCUUCAUCAAUUUCGUCAAUUUACAUUGUCACGCCUUAAAAAUGCAAUAGUUUCUCUUCUCUGCCACAAAACAAGAGGCAAGUGAAUAAAUGUUUAUUUUACUUAAAAAUGGUCCAGUUUGGAUGUCUCGUUACAUGCAUGAAGCUCAGAAAACCCCAAAUAGGUUUUCCUAUUAAAUUAAGGAUUUACAUUCAAGUAAAUUAGAACUCAUUUCUAGAAACCUACUCAAAGUCGGUUAACUUAAAAUCAGUUAGUUCGAUUCCGAUUUAGGAGUAAGUUAAAAUUUUCAAAAGCUGAAUUACGUUAUUAAAGAACAAUGACAUUUAUCAUUUUUACCUGUUUCUUAAGAGGGGUAGGCUCGUUAUCGAGUGUUACUAACGAGCUAGUAUAAUACAGAAAUUUGUAUAGGCUAAGUUUUGUAUAUUGCGGCUAAGCAAUCUCAAGUUUACGUUUUCAAGUCGCUUUAAUAAGAAAUCUAAUCUGACCGGCAGGUGUACAUGCAUUUAAACUUCCGGUAAAUGAAUAGGAAGCUCGAGUCUUCUCAAAGUGUUGUCCGUGAAGUUAAAGGAAAGAAAAUCUUCCAACAAGGAAACAUGAACAACUCCAGCAUCGGCAACUUUGAGGAUCAAUCAACACAUUGUCCUAUCGCGUCAAAGACAAUCACAGUAGUAAUUUCCUUGGUUAGUAUUUUAGCCAUUGUCGGCAAUGUUCUGGUUACAUUGGCUGUUCUGAUGAAAGCCUCUCUUAGAACCAGUACAAACUAUUUCAUCGUGAACAUGGCUGUUUCUGAUCUGCUCUCUGCUUUGACCAACUGGCCUCUGUACGCCACAGAAGGAAUGCUCUCAGGAAAAAGUUCCAUCGAAGGUUCCAUGGCUACGUUCGUUUGCAAGAUGGGAAUGUAUUCCAGAGCUGUUUCACAAGCGGUUUCAGUUCUUAGCCUUGUUUUGAUCGUGGUGGAGAGAUUCGUAGCUAUUGUACAUCCCUUCCACGCUACAAUGCUAACAACCCGUCUCCGGGCGGGUUUGUUGUUAAUCACGUGGAUUUUCCCGCUUUCAGGUGGUUUUCCGUACGUGUGGUUUGCUAAAAUCGUCCAAGACGGGCCUCAAACGUUUUGUAGGUUUUCCUGGGCCAGACUGGAACUCUCUAUAUUCUACACUAUAGGAUUUUUAAUAUUUUACUGUGUGCCGUUUAUCGUGAUAAUUGUACUUUACCGUAGAAUUAUGAAAUCUAUGACACAAGUAGGACCAGUGGAUGAAACUUAUCAAGAAAACAUCAGCGCGCGUAAUAGGCAACAGAACAAGACUGUAAUGAAAGUGUUCAUCUCUAUAGUAACUGCUUUUUUCCUCUGUUGGACACCACUGUGUGUGUAUUUAGUUUUUAGAAUGGCCUUCCCAUCGUUUUUCACCAACGAUUUACGUAAGCUUCGGCUCCAUGUAGGUUUGUUUUUCUACGUUUUUCCAUCUUUAAGCACAGCAGUGAAUCCUAUAAUUCUUUUUGUGUCCAGUUCGCGAUUCUCCAGCGCACUUCGGGAGAUUUUUGGGUGUGUGAAUUGUAAGCCUUCUUGCUACAGUGGAAGGGUUGCACCACAAAGGGAACUUAUUAACCUCCAAGUGGUACAGUGAAUGUUUAAAAUAUAGCGUUAUGCUUUGCGACACUAUUGUCGUAAGCUUCGGCCACAGCUCUUUCGCUUAGAGGACCUCGAAGUAAGAACAAAUGUACCAAAGAGGUAUUCUGUGCUAUUUUACCGCUACCGAGGGAAAUAAUCCUUACAAGACGACUGUUUAAUACACCAACCUAUAAAUGAGCAGAUUCCAAAACGUACAGAAUACAAAUAAAAUAAAUGUCUGGAAUGUUUUUUUUUGCAAAAUCUGUGAACUUCCUGGAUAUUUAGAAUAAUUCUAGAUUUUUAUUUUAAAAAAGCGACAGUUUUGCAAUGUUAUCACGAUUUUUUUGCGAUAUUUGGAAACUUCCUGGAUAUUUAAAAAUUCUAGAUUUUUAUUAAAAAUUUGACAGUUUUGGGAUGUUUAGGCGUUUUACCAUUUUUUUCUCCGGUGAUGUUUAGAAACUUCCUGGAGAGUUAGAACAAUUCUAGAUUUUUAUUUAGAUAAAAGACAGUUUUGGACAGUUUUGGACGGUUUUUUUCUUGCAAUAUUUACAAACUUUCUGCGUAUUUAGAACAAUGGACCAUUUUACAUGUAAAUGCACCUAGUUAGGAUCAGAACAACUUGUUUUACGCAACAAAAGCAGUG